AUGGAACCUAACAAUGUUGAGAAUGACGGGGGUGAUUAUGAUUGGAAGCCUAGAGUUCACAUGACAUUUGAUACAGAACAAGAAGCAUAUAAUUUCUAUAAUGCUUAUGGAGAAAUGAUGGGGUUUAGUAUUAGAAGGGGUUAUGUAAACAAGAACAAGGAGGGGCAAAUCACUUCAAGGCUAUUUGUUUGUAAUAAGGAAGGGUUUCGAGGUGUAGACAAGCGAGAUCCAUUAACAAAAAAUCCUAGGCAGGAAGUGAGGACUGAAUGCACGCAUAUGUUACCAUUCCAAAGGAAGAUAUCUGCAUCACAGGCAACCGAAAUAGAUUUAGCCGAAAAAUCUAGAAUCUGGCUUAAUGCUGCAUUUGAGCUCAUGGGUAAUGAAGCUGGUGGAAGGGAGUCGCUUGGGUUCACAAAAGUGGACCAAAAAAAUUAUUUGAGAACGAAGAGGCAAAAGAGUUUAGCAUAUGGGGAGGCAGGUAGCAUUUUGCAAUAUUUUCGUGAGAAGACAUUGGAGAAUCCAUCUUUUUUUUACUUGGUCCAGUUAGAUAGUGAGGAGCAGAUUACAAACAUAUGA